CUUGAACCUGAGCCAGCCUUGAUCAGGUUCUGGAUUCACUACAACUUCCUUGAAUUGUCCAUUCAUAAAUAGUAAUAUCCAGACCGACUUGAUUGGUUCUGAUUUUAUUUCGUGAACGGUAAUGCAAUUUUCUUUUAAUUUAAACUCAAACCUCUAUUAUUCUUGGGUUUUCCAGCCGGUUCGCCCGGUCCAAUCUUUAUUCAAACCCGAACCAUGACCAAAUAAUAAUAGGUAAAUGAGGUCCCAAAUUUUCCAACUUCCACAAAACCAAAAAAUAAAGUUCUCCACAACCCGCAAUCUCUCAUUCUCCCCCAAAGGAAAAAAAAAAUCCCUUAUCCCAAAACCUCAUCCAAAUGCCAACUCCCUCCACCUCUCAUUCCAGUCCCAUUCUUCCUCCACCACUCCCCCAAACCAAAAACCACCAUUCACCCUUUGAGAUAACACAUCCCCGAACCCACAUUUGUUAUCUUCUUCCCUCUCUCCAUUCCUCCAUCCCUGAUCCGCCAUUGGCACCACCUCUUUAGCUCGUCAAAACAGGGCAAGGGGGUACAAAAAAAAAGAAAAAAGAUCAUGUCUUGCUCAAAUUUAACCAUGUGGGCUACCUCAAAGCCUUCGAUUUCCGAUUCCUCUGCACUUUCAUUCCGCUCUUCAAUCACUCCAGUUCAGCUCCCAACCAAUACUUCAUCCAAUUCCAGGCCUUCUUCAUCAGUCACUCCGGUUCAAUGUGGCCUUCGGGAGCUCCGGGACCGUAUCAGCUCUGUGAAAAACACCCAAAAGAUCACCGAAGCUAUGAAGCUGGUGGCGGCUGCAAAAGUCAGAAGGGCCCAAGAAGCCGUCGUGAACGCCCGGCCGUUCUCCGAAACGCUCGUUGAAGUUCUCUACAACAUUAACGAACAGCUCCAGACGGAAGACAUCGACGUCCCGUUAACCAAAGUCCGUCCCGUUAAGAAAGUAGCCCUCGUUGUCGUAACCGGCGACCGUGGACUCUGCGGCGGGUUCAACAACGCGAUCAUCAAGAAAGCGGAACAGAGGAUCCGCGAGUUGAAAGAACUCGGCCUGGAAUACACCGUUGUGAGUGUCGGCAAAAAGGGUAAUUCUUAUUUCAUCCGUCGGCCGUUUAUUCCGGUGGACAAGUUCCUCGACGGCACUUCCCUUCCCACCGCGAAAGAAGCUCAGGCCAUCGCCGAUGAUGUUUUCUCGCUUUUUGUAUCCGAAGAGGUGGAUAAAGUGGAAAUGCUGUACACAAAGUUUGUUUCUUUAGUGAAAGCUGAGCCUGUGAUUCAUACGUUGCUUCCUUUAUCACCCAAAGGUGAGAUUUGUGAUAUCAACGGAGUCUGCAUUGACGCGGCUGAGGAUGAAUUCUUCCGUUUGACGACAAAAGAAGGUAAAUUGACGGUGGAGAGAGACGUGAUGAGGACUCAGACAGCGGAAUUCUCUCCGAUUUUGCAAUUCGAGCAGGACCCGGCUUUGAUUCUGGAUGCUUUGUUGCCUCUGUAUUUGAACAGUCAGAUUUUGAGGGCUUUGCAAGAGUCGCUAGCUAGUGAAUUGGCUGCUAGGAUGACUGCAAUGAGUAAUGCAACCGACAAUGCCGUUGAAUUGAAGAAAAACCUUUCCAGGGUCUAUAACAGGGAGCGCCAGGCCAAGAUUACUGGGGAGAUUUUGGAGAUCGUUGCUGGAGCCAACGCUUUGACAUAGAUAGAUAUGUUCAGCAUAAAAUGUGCCGAUUGUGGCAGUGUACUCAAGGUUGCUGUUUUGGUCAUGGAGAUUUCUGCACCGACGUCUUCUAGGUAGCCACGAAACUUUUAUGGAACAGAUUCUUUGUCUUUACAACUUCCCUGAGAUUAUGGAGCACUUUGCUAUAGGAUAGAAAGUGAUACCUUGUAGGCAGCAUAUUGGUAUUGAUAAUGUCAAAUCCAUGUCUCUAGAACCCUUCCAGAGUCGGUUCUCUUCUACUGAUACCACUUCGUGUACACCUAAGCUGCUGCACAAGUCCUUGAACAGAACAUCUCGGUGGCACUAUCUUCGGAUGGUAAAAUAAGAUCAGUUGUAAGGAGGAAAAAUUAAGCUCUCUUUUCUCCAUUUGUCCUCAAUGUUUAAGAUUUACUUUCAUCAAAGAGCCCGACAGUUCAUCAUACUCAAAAUUAUUGAAGUUUGUGAAUGGAGGUUCUCGAGUUACAAUACCAAACCAAAAGCUAUUGUGCAAAACUUCAAACAUAUAUGCAGGGAGGUAAGUCGCGAUGUUCUCUACGUGCAUCUAAAUAGUGAAGAAAGAAACUGACAAAGUUGUGUGUAUGAAUCGAGUUGAUACGGCUGAGUGUAUGUCGCCUGAAACUCGUACAUAUCAUGUUCUAUCAUGAAGCUCACAACACAGGAAACACAUCGUCACUAACCUGAAACCACUGUGUGAACCUCAAUUCCCCAAUAUAUCAGAAGGAAGAUAAGCUUCUUCAUGCUUCUGCAGCAUCGAGAACUAAUGCAAAAAAGUGGCACAUUCUUCAGGACUCAAUGAAGCUCUUUCAAGAGUGAAUAUCUCAUCCUAUUCUGAUCUGAGUAGUUCUACUAGUUCUAGAAUUCCAGCACGAAACAUGGCACAGAAGCUAAUGAAGAUCAAAUACUCUAAGGUUUCCAAGUCAUUUGGCUACUGAGAAUGCAGGGCAAAGAGAGUAUCUAUUCACUGACACUAAGGUUUGUCAGCACAAAUCACCGGCUUUGCGACAUUAUCCAUGAGUGUAUUGAUCAUAGCAGAAAGAGUGAAAGACAGCAAAUUCUUAGCCUAGUACUGCAACAUACCAAGAUUGGGGAAAAAACAAGAAACCCGUGGUUUCAGCAGACGUUUUAGAUUCACAUUUUCUAACAAUACUAAGAGAGAAAAUACAGAAUAAGAUCCAAAUAUCCCUUCAUUCCACCAAGUGUCAGUCCUUGAAUGAAUUGAGCUGUUUCACAACAUUGACUUGCAGCAGCGUAAACAGAUUAAUCUAAAAAUCGAACAGUAUCAGCUCAAAUAGGCGCAAUCAUCUAUAAAACGACAAGAAAAGGCCAUCUUUUUUAUUAAAUCUCAAAGCCUUUUCUACAACCACAGGUUCACAAUAAUCAUGUAUAUAGGGAGAGAAUUACAUAUAAAAGAGUACAAACAAAUUCCGGCCCAACAUCCCCAGAUUUUACAAAUUUGUUUCAAUAAGAAUUACAGGGGGAAAAAAAUUACUAAUUAGUCACAGAAGGUACUAAGACUCGGUAAAAACCGGCAUGACAGGAACGAGCUUCUUCCGGAUAAGGCAUCGGGGAUGGUUGCGGCGGCGGUCAUUGAAUCUGAAAGCAAAACAAGGAACGAGCUCCAUAGAAUCGUAAUUAACGACUAAAUCAGAUGAAAUAGUGGGUUCGAUCUGGGAGAGCAGAGAGGGCGGGUCUUUGGCCAUGGAUUUGGCUGUAAUCUUGGAAUUCCUCAUCUGGGCUAGGGCUCCCGGCUUCAGAUAGCAUCUGUAAAAGGAUGGCGUUGACGGAGAAGUUGAGGUGCGGCAUCUGGUUCUGGAUUUCAUGGUUUCGGGCGCUGAAGGAAGUGUGUGAGUGUGUGAGAGAGAAAGUUGGGAAACCCUAGAUGUGGUGUGGAUUUUUUUGGGAGGGAGAAGAGGGAUGAAUGGGGAAUUUUAAAUAAGAAGUUAUUUGGUGG